CAUCUCCGAAGUGGAGCGUCAGAUCUUCAGCUAGGAAGGGAGGGUACAGGAGCUCUUGCCUCCCAUUCUGUAGAGUCAGCUGUGCUGCUCAGUUUGCCGUCCUUCGGCCUUAAGCAUGUGGCCGUGCGAGAGUUUACCUGCGGGUGGGGGUUUUGUCACUGCGGAGGCAGGAACGCAAAUUCUGUGCAAUGCUGGGGUGAGAGAUGAAGGUUACAGCAGUUUGGAGAGCAACAGCGGUGGUGGAUACAUGGAUAAUGUGAAUGUUGAUGCUCAAGGUGCUGCAGAAAAAUUUGAAGAUAAGGAUGACAAUGCUGUAACUGAACAGCUUGCGGGCCGCCUGCUAAUGGAUGGUGAGCAAGAAGACAUGGAGCGAAAGCAAGGUGGCCAUGCCUGCCUUGAAGAUGAAAAACAGAAGGCAGAUGACACAGCAUUACAUGCCGAGGUCAGCUGUGGUGCGCUUGGGCAAAGUGAGGUGCAUAACGAGUCCACCGAGCAGAGAGCUCCUGAAAACAAUGCUGUGCGAAAGAGGGUAAGAUGGGUCGACGAGAAGCGUUUAGGCCCAUUGGCUGCUGCUGAGGAUGGGUCCCCAUAUACAGAGCGCGGGUUAGGGUUAACCGCGGGAGGUCAGCGAUGGACCAAGAAGCGGGUUAGGCGGCUGUCCGUGGAGGGUGUGCGGGGGUCGCGGUACAAGCACCGGCUGAAAGGGCGGAGGGGAACGAUAGGGUUUGGGCGAGAAGAGGAAGUGGAAAGCGGGGCGAGGUUAGGGACUGCUCACAGAAAAUGGGGGUCAUGGAAAGCGAACGGUGACGAGGAGACUGGGGACAGUUUGGGAAGGGCUCAUGGUACGGACUUGCACAAACCAACCAGGUUUGGGGAGGAAGCGAAACUAGAUGCGGAUGCACUUUUGGAGCGCCAGGCGAUUGUGGAGAGCGUGAGGCAGCUGCGGGCACGGAUCUCACAACCGGUGGGGGAGAGUGCGGCCAAAAUGGGGGAAGAGCUCCUAGGGGGGUGGGGCAUUGGCUCGCCGCAGGGCAGGAGAAUGCUGAGAGAAGGGUUAGAGGUCCCAAAGCAGCGGGGCAACCAUGGACUUGAAGUGUCCACAGAGCUAGGCAAGAACGAAGGCAGGAACGGGAUGGAGGUUGCGGAGAGACACAGCAUUGGGGGAGAACCAGGGACGGCAAGAGAUGAAUUGCUCAAAGCCCAAAGUCCCGCUGCGAAGCUUUGGACGUGGCCGGGAGAGAAUGUUUGGCGGAGCACUUAUCACGAUAUGGGCAGCGGGUUUGGCGCCAUUCAGUUGAACCCACGGGGGGCUGAAGUGGACCGAUCGGGGCUGGCCGGAAGGGACGGUGACAUAGGACAGGAAGAAGAUGGGAAGCGGGCUUUGGAGAGUGAAGUGGAGGGCGGCAGGCACCGAGCAAGCGGCGAUGGGGAGCCUGCGCAAACAAGCUCAAAGACCGAAGGCGCCCCUUCGAAUGGCUACAAUGGCCGCGGUGUUCCUGCCUUUCAGUGGCUCAAGGUGCCUAAAGUGUCUGGAGGGAGGGGACCCUGUAAGGCUGCCGGGCGACGAGUCCUCCACGUAGCGACGAAGGUCUCGCCGUUUCGAGCAGCCAUCCCGGUUCUGGACGUCUACUUAGCUAAGCCGCUUGAGUCAGGCACUGGGUGGGAAGAUUGGAGAUACUCGCAGCUUGCGUUUUGA